AUGAGACGUGGCAAAGAAUCAGAUGACGUGGAUGACGACGAGAAGAAGCGAGAAGAAUCCGAAGAAGAGAGAAAGGCGACUGGAGGGAGUGAGCUGGAGGAUGGGGUCAAAUUCGGAGAGCAACUUCAAGACGAUUUGAUCAACACGUUCUGUGAUAAGCUUCAGAAGGCGUGUCCGCGGACACUCGAUGCGUUUAUGGCCAUUCAGUUUUUGAUGAUUACCGAUGAGAAGGAUAUCCGUAGACUGGUCACAGGCACGAAUCCAGCGCUUCAAGUGCUCUACGAUCGUACUCGUUCUCAUUAUGUGCUUGUUUACUACAACCCAAAAUACAAUAAGGUUUUCCUAUUCGACAGUUUGCAGCCAUAUGACAGUGCUGAGACUCCUCAGAUUCUCAACGAGAUGGUGUUUUAUAUCAGCCGUCUGUUCGGACACUUGUUCACGAAACAUAUUCCUGUUAUAGUGGAUAAGGAGUUUCAGAGACAGAGCGAUAACUUCUCGUGUGGAUAUCGUGUGAUUGGAGCACUUGUCGACUUGACACGUGGACGCAAUCCGUGUACUCAGGACUACAGUAGGACUUUGAUUCUCAACUUCCUUCGAUUCAUUCUCGCCGAGCCGGAGCCCACGUGGGAGAUGUUCGAGUCGGCGGAGUUUGCUUGUAAGAAGCCGUAUAGUGGACAAAAUCGUGUGAGCAUAUACAUUCAAAACACCACGUAUGUUGGCACACCGUCCACCUCGAGAUCCUCGUCAACGGGAAAACAGUCUUCGUCAGAUGAUUCGUUGGCGUCGCAGAAAUCGGAACAGAGUUCGAAUGGAGGGAGGGGAAGGAAGACUGGGAGACGGGCCCACGCCGGUUACUACAACCCUCACUUGGAGAACUACCGUGCCAACUCUGAGAGGUACACCAGAUCCAUCCCCCCUCGCAACUUGUAUCCAUACCGCCCAUCAUCCCCAUUGAGUGCCCCAUACUUCCAAGCACCACCGACUUCAUGGAGAUCUCCGACUGCACUGGGACCACCACCGCCUGUGGAUAACACUCUCAUCUCGUGUAUUCGCAAUUUUGCAAAUCAAUCGAUUUUCAAUGGACACAUCUUCCGUCGGAAAUCGGAUCGUUUCGAGUUGGAGAAUGAUGUGGAGAAGGGACUCGGAGUGGUGGAGAAGCGAGAAGAGGAAUAA